GCAGCUAAGUAUCUGGUUGUCCGAACCGGGUUUUUGAGAAAUCCUGAAACGCAGCGCGGAGGCUUCUGGGGAAUAAAGUUUCCACCAAAAGUCCCAGCCUCGUUCGCGCUUGCGCUAGGCUCCGCUUCGUAGCGAUGGGUGGGGUUUGCAAGGCCCCGCGGUGCUUCUGGCGCCUGCGCAGUAAGUCCUACUCGCCCUUUGAAAUCCUGGGUCCAAAGACCCUCUUUACCCCAUAGACCGGACUCAGGAACGUGUAUCCGGAUCGCUCUACCUAGCCCCACACAGAGCACGUGGGCUGCGGCCACGUCCGAUUUGGUCUCGUAUUCCUGGUUCUUCCCAGGAUGCAAGGAUUGCCAGUUGUCACUCAGCGGAGCCCACUGGUGUCAGGCCUGGCCCAGUGCCUGCACUAUUGUCACUCCACGGUAACCGGGAGCGUUCCGCUAGGCCAUCUCACCAGGAAAGGUCCUGUGAGACUGAAGCCCACGUGGGCAAUUCUGGGGUCAGUGAGGUUUAUCCACAAGGGUGUAUCGAUCGUCUCUUAUUAUUUAGAAAAGUGCCUCAGCACUCUGGUAGCAGUGAGGUCAGGGCAGGGAGAAGCUGUGCCCCCGCCCAAGCUUGCAGGCUGUGGGCAUGAGCAGAGCCCCUGGAAUCCGGGACGAGCCCCACUUCCUUCCUGGGGCCAUGACCCAGGUCCUCCUGGUUGAGCCACGGCCUGGAUUUGUGGUCACUGAGUCACUCACCUUGCCCCUUAGAGCCUAAACAGUGGCGGCUGCCGCCCACCUGAGGACCAGGGGUGGGCCAGCUGCUCUGCUCCAGUGGCUGGGGCCACCUAAUAUUAGGAACCCCACCUCGAGGCCCGCCCAGGGCCACACCCUUCCCUAGGAGGGAAAAGGCACCGCUUGCUCCACACAGGCACCAGAAGGGCUGGGAGGACAGACAGCGCUUCAGCCUGGCCAUGGACCCCCAUGAGAUGGUCGUGAAGAACCCAUAUACCCAUAUCAGCAUCCCCCGGGCUCACCUGCGGCCUGACCUAGGGCAGCAGUUAGAAGAAGCUCCAUCCUCAUCUCUGUCCUUGGAGACUCAGCCUCUGCCCACAAUGACCUGCACCUCAGGGCCUGCCCGUGUCCUGCAGCCCAUUGAGGCUGAAGUGCCCAAGGGGGCCAAGGGGGUCAAGGGGACCAAGGGGGCUGUUCCCAGCCAGAGCCAGCAGUCUUGGGAGCAGCCCUGCAAUCCCUAUGGCAGUGGACAGCGCCCAGCAGGACUGUCCUAUGCCGGCCGGCCACCCAUGGGGCGCGGUGAUGACAUCGCCCACCACUGCUGCUGCUGCCCCUGCUGCUCCUGCUGCCACUGCCCCCCCUUCUGCCGCUGUCAUAGCUGCUGCUGUGUCAUCCUCUAACCCAUCCACCAUGGGGCACCGGCCACUGCUCAUGGCCAUGGUGGUAUUGGACAUUAGAGGUGACCAUUGUCACAGACUUUGGCCAUUUGCUGCUCAUGCAGCAGGCUGCUGGCUUGGCAGGGCCUUUGGAACAGUAGUGGGCACUGACCAUGGAGCCAGCAACAGGGACACCCUUGAUCACUGGGCUGCAAGGCCCAGACAAUAAAGCAGGGUGAGGUUUGUA